AUGUCUCGAUAUAUCUCUCAGCUGCAGCCUAAUCAUGAGGGUCGGGCAUACGUUCGGCUUGUCCGUGAGUCCUUUGGCAUCCGAGGCGCGCUGGGAGAGCACUUGUGCUUGGUAUAUGAACCAUUAAGUGAACCACUCUGGCUUCUGGGGAAGCACCUUGGAAGCAACGGUGUGCCUCCAGCUGUCCUAAAGCCAUUUCUGAAAUUAGUGCUCCAGGGCCUAGAUUUUCUGCAUUCCCAGUGCGGUAUUAUACACACAGAUCUUAAGGCACAUAACCUUCUCGUGGGAUUCGAAGACUCUGAUGUUCUUGAGAAAUAUGUUCGCGAACAAGAACGCAAUCCUGCCCCGUUUUGGGAUAAUGAUGGCCAUCCCGUGUUUCAGUCCCGUCCCGAUUUCGGGCAUCUGAGGAAAGGGAUGGGAUUAGAUCAAAUUAGCGACUUCAGUGCGGCUGUUUUUGGCAACACCUCUAAGCCUCAUAACCAUGAUAUUCAGCCUCAACCAUUUUGUGCACCAGAGGUACUUUUAAAAACAACAUGGACAUAUAGUGCAGAUAUUUGGAACCUGGGAACCAUGGCUCGUCGACCACCCACUACUGCGAGGGCGCCUUUCAUCACAACAAUGAUUGCUACAACCGCCAUCGUUGCUCGGGAGCCCGAGCAGCCGCAGAGCAUAAACUGGGCGAUGGAGGAGGUCGAGGUUUAUACACCUGGCGAGGGCGAAGUUCUGGUUGAAAUGCAUGCGACAGGCAUCUGUCAUACGGAUAUAGUUCUCUCAUCGGUACCGUCUGGACGAAUUGGAAUCCAGUAUCCCAAGGUAUUGGGACAUGAAGGCGCCGGUAUUGUACGCGCACUGGGCCCGAAUGUCAAGUCCGUCGAGGUCGGGGAUCCAGUCCUACUAUCCUACUACUCCUGUUCAUCGUGUGACGCGUGUCAGAGCUCGCAUCCCGCCUAUUGCGAUGUGUUCGCUGGGGAGAAUUACGUUGGACGCCGGGGGCAAAUGAAAAUUCGGAAAGCUGGGGAAGAGCCUUGGUCGAGGUUCUUUGGUCAGUCGAGCUUUGCCCGACAUAGUGUAGUCAGCGAGGCCAGCGUUCUCAACGUCAAAGAUAUUCUCAGGAGCGAGGACGAGCUCAAACUCUUUGCACCACUGGGAUGUGGAUUCCAAACUGGAAUGGGCGCCGUUUUGAACACUUCUGAAGCUGGCCCAGAUGACGUUGUGAUGAUAUUGGGCUUGGGUGCUGUUGGGAUGGGGGCGCUUAUGACCGCUAAAAUACGUGAAUGCAAAGCGAUAAUUGCUGUCGAUAGGGUUGGCACACGCCUCGAACAGGCUAAGAGACUAGGGGCAUCACAUACUAUUAACACAGCGAGCCUUCAUGGAAAAAGCUUGAAGGAUGCUGUUUGCGACCUAUCCUUCCCCGGGGUCAGCAUUGUAAUUGACACCACAGGUGUUCCAACUGUCAUUGAACAAGGCCUCCAGGCUACACAUAAAAGAGGCAAACUGGUCCUCGUAGGGGUGCCUCCCUCAGGAUAUGCGCUUAACAUUGACGUCGUGCAACAUAUAAAUUCCGGUCGCUCGGUAAUGGGAUGUAUUGAAGGUGAUAGCAUUCCCAGCAAGGCCAUUCCACAAAUGAUUGAAUGGUAUCGCGAAGGCCGCUUCCCCAUCGACCAGCUAGUUCAGUAUUUUGAUGCCGCUGAAUAUGAACAAGCCCUACAAGGUAUGAAGGAGGGAGCCACAGUGAAACCUGUUUUAGUGUGGGAACAUUAA